AUGGUUGAUAGACCGUAUAAGGGAAGCCGACGUCAAUGGAAAUGGCAGCUUAAACUUCGAAGAAUGCCUUGGCUUACUCAAACAACUCAACAUUGGUAUGAGGAGAUCAGAGGCAAGGAAACUCUUUGAUAGAGUUAAAAUUGACGGACAAGAUGCUUUAGGACCGGAAGAGUUUAUACAUCUGUACCGCAUCUUAAAUCACAGGCCAGAACUGGAGGAAAUAAUGAAGAAGUAUUCCGCCAGCCGCUCUGUCUUAUGGGAUGCUGAAGAGUUAAGAACAUUUUUAUAUGAAGAGCAACGUGAUUCUCUCAGCAUUGAAGAUUGUAAAGAUAUGAUUGAUGAAUACGAGCCAGAAGAAAAUAAAAAUUCUGGUUUCUUAUCUUUAGAAGGAUUUCAGAAGUUACUGACUAUGGGCCAAGAAGAUAUCUUCAACAAGAGGCAUCGCACUGUAUAUCAGGACAUGACUCAACCUUUAACGCAUUAUUACAUAGCUACUUCUCACAAUACAUAUCUCAUUCAAGAUCAACUACUUGGUGAGAGCAGUAUAGAAGGAUACGUUCAAGCACUGAAGCGAGGUUGCAGGUGUCUUGAGCUCGACACUUGGGACGGACCAGAUGAGGAGCCAAUCAUAUUUCACGGAUAUACUCUCACUAGCCGGAUAUUAUUGAAAGAUGUCCUUGAAGCUAUCAAAAAAUAUGCUUUCAGUGUGUCACAAUAUCCGAUCAUACUAUCAAUUGAAAAUCAUUGCAGUGUACCUUACCAAGAAAAAAUGGCCCAUUAUUUCAGAACGAUAUUAGGAGAAUAUUUGUAUACAGAUUGUAUCGGAGAAGAUGAAAAGGAACAUCCAUCUCCUGAAUCACUUUCGAAAAAGAUUUUCAUUAAAGGAAAGAAACUGAAAGAUGAACUCAUGAUGUCCGAGGAAUGUCAUUUCAUGCUAGAAGAAGAGGAAGAAAGAGAGAAAGAUUUAGCGAAUGCACUGGCAUCAGCCCCCACGCCUCCUGGGGAAGGUGACGAAAUUAUACCUACCGUUAUGGCAGCAUCAAGUCAACGGAAACGAAUUGCGAAAGAAUUAUCUGACCUGGUGAAUUAUUUCUCUGCAAAGAGGUUCAGUACUUUUGAGGAAAUCAAAAAUUCGUGGGAAUUUAACGAAAUGACCUCUCUUUCUGAGACCGUGGCCCUAAAUCUGGGUUGUACUCAAGGCACUGAUUUUGUGGAGUUUAACAAGAAACAUUUCUCUCGUAUUUAUCCUAAGGGGACAAGAACAGAUUCCAGUAACUUUGAUCCAUGUCCAUUCUGGAAUUUAGGAUGCCAGAUGGUCGCCCUCAAUUACCAGACUUGGGAUAAAUUCGUAUAUCUGAAUGAAGCGAAGUUCGCCCAGAAUGGAAGAUGUGGUUAUUUGUUAAAACCGGAGUAUUUGACCUCAGAUAAAAUUUCUUAUGAUCCCAACAAACCUCCAUAUCCAAAACGGCAAAUCAACGUAACGAUAAAGGUUGUAAGCGCUCAGUACUUACCUAAGCCACCGUGCGCAUCAGAAUCAGAUGUUGUUGAUCCAUAUGUGUCUAUAAAAGUUGUGGGUCAUCCUGCCGAUCAAACAAAAAAGAAAACCAGUUUUAUAAACAAUAAUGGCUAUCGCCAUAUCUUCUUGGAAGAUUGUAGAGGCCAGAAACUAGAGAAAGCAACGUUAUUUGUACAUGUCCAGAUGUCGGAAUCUGAGCAAGAAUGAACGAGUGCCAGAGUGCCAAAGUUUCAUUUUUGGUUUUUAUGAACUUUGAAAAGCAUUCUUCAUACUUCUGUAUUCCAUCAAAUCAUGAUUCAAAACGCCGAUCAGUCUUAUUUGAGGUUUUGGAUGAAUAAAUGAAGGACUGCAUAACUAUGCCCUAAGACAUUUCACAAUUUCCAGCUGCAAUCACUCAAGAGUAGAAGUAAAUAACGUUUAACAAAUAUGAUGUAUUUUCACACGUUGACCUUUUAUCAUUAGUCAUUUUUGAGGAUUAAACAUAAAUAAAAUCCUGCAUUUAUAUAACAGAAAAUAAAACGAUAAAAUGAGA